AUUUCCGAAAUAUCGAUUUAAUUGGAUAUAUAGUAUAGUUUUUGAAGAAGAGAGAAGUUUUGUAAUCCAAUUUUUGAUUACUUUAACUGGCAAAUCGAAUUUCGCAACUUAUUCAAAAUUUUGAUGCAGUUGGUUGUAAUUUCUUCCUGCGUAAUUAAGAUGAACAUUAGACUCAACUUUUCCCUGCCUUGCCUUGGAAUCUGGUACAGUUACAGUUCGCAACGUACAAGAAAAAGCCUCAGAAAUUGACUAAUUUGAUGAGAUUGAAUGCAAUUUUCAAUCAAGUGGGCUGAAAAUUGCGUUCAUUUCCUGUCAUUUGGAAUUUGAUGACGCCGUAAUUAUAAUGCUCAUGCAUUUGGUAAUUUCUCUCUGGAUAUUUAGAAGAAAAUGAACCAAAUCUGCUCGAGUAUUGCCUUUGAAUCUCCUACUUGCAAAAUUGUUUUGAAGCCUCAGAAGUUGUAAGAAGAAAAAGGGCUUUAAUUUAAUUUAUAAAUUAGUUGAUUUGAAAAUUGCGUUGGUGGAAUUUGAAAUGUGAUGACGCCUUAAUUAACAUUUUGUUGAUAAUUUAAUUGCGCUCGGAAAUCUGACGAUUUUUGCAUUUCCGCCCGCGAAUUGGUCUUACUCUAGGGUGUUUUUCUUUCCUCUCUCUGCUAAAUGUGCGAAAAGAUGAAGGUCUGAGUCUGUGAUGAGUUUGUUGGAUGAGAAAGUGUUGGUGCAUCCGUUGACAGCUGAUCCCACGGAAGCAUGGUCAGUGUUGAAGCGAUCUCAGAAGGUGCUGAAGCUCAAGGUGAAGCAGCCGACGAAACCCGUGACUGCAGACAAGGUGAGAUUUGUGUGCAUGAGCGACACGCACAGCUUGACGCACAGGAUCACCUUCAGGAUUCCCGACGGCGACGUUUUCCUUCAUGCCGGCGAUUUCACUCGAAGUGGAACCCGGAGAGAAGUCAAAGAGUUCAAUGACUGGCUCGGAAUGCUUCCGCACCGGAAGAAAAUCGUGAUCGGCGGCAACCAUGAACUCAGCUUUGACAAUCGACAAUCGGUGUGUGAGAAAAUGGAAGGAGGUGCUGGGAAACCGCGUCCUAUUUCCGCUAGUCGUUCUGCGCACACUGGCGUCGUCAUUGUGAAUCCGGUGGAUGAAAUGGACGGUGAUUCUUCUCCGAUUGGUACGUACGUGAGAUUUGUGUGCAUGAGCGACACGCACAGCUUGACGCACAGGAUCACCUUCAGGAUUCCCGACGGCGACGUUUUCCUUCAUGCCGGCGAUUUCACUCGAAGUGGAACCCGGAGAGAAGUCAAAGAGUUCAAUGACUGGCUCGGAAUGCUUCCGCACCGGAAGAAAAUCGUGAUCGGCGGCAACCAUGAACUCAGUUUUGACAAUCGACAAUCUGUGUGUGAGAAAAUGGAAGGAGGUGCUGGGAAACCGCGUCCUAUUUCCGCUAGUCGUUCUGCGCACACUGGCGUCGUCAUUGUGAAUCCGGUGGAUGAAAUGGACGGUGAUUCUUCUCCGAUUGGGUCCGCAGCGAGACCUCGUUCAGCAGUGGCAUCUAGUUUCGGCCCCGGUGUGAUGGGAUCUCUGGUGGAUUCCCUGGGAGACAUUGAGGAAAAACUCUCCAUACGGCCGGAUUUUUGCGGCUGGGCCUUCAACCUGCCCCGCGGGCAGGCCCUGUUGGACAAGUGGAACAAAAUCCCCGAGGGCAUAGAUAUUUUGCUGUCACACACGCCACCUGUUGGACACGGGGAUCACACCAUCACCGGCAUCAGGGCCGGGUGUGUGGAACUACUCAACUCUGUGCAAAAACGGAUAAGACCCAGAUACCACGUGUUUGGACACAUUCACGAGGGCUAUGGCAUUACAUCCGAUGGAACGACGAUUUUCAUCAACGCCUCGACCUGCAACACGGGUUACAAACCACACAAUUUGCCGAUUGUGUUCGAUAUUCCUCUGCCCCGGGGGCAUACCAAAAAUACAUGAACAUGCGGUGUUAUGCAACUAGUGUGCAACUCUGUUUUUAUGCAAUACACCUCGUCAUUUUUCAAAAACGAA